ACCGGUAUAUAUCUCCCCUGCGACAUAUCACGUGCAUAAUACCUCAUCCGAACAAUGGACCUAUGAUACCAGCCACACAACCUAGCCACAAAACCCCCACCAGAUAACCCAGCGGCAACCACCUCACCUCCAGAAAAACAACCCAUCACCACCAACAGUCAACUGUUCUACAAGCCCCGCAGACAAACCGGUCGACAAGCAAGAAUCGGUAAGCGAGAACAGAAUGCCAGCGUUUGUAUCCCUCCUGAAGUUCACUGGGGUUUUCUCCCUUGGGAUCCUCUCGGUAACCCUUUCCCCCUCCUCCCCCCCCCUUCGAGAGCUGACCGUUCUGUUUCUGCAGGGCGUCCACCUAAACUUCUCCACCGCAACUCUCGACGCAAUCCUUUCUCUCCCUUCUGCCAACACUGCACAACGCGCCUUCUCCAUCUCUUUGGGAAAGCUAAGACAGGUCGUCCGGCCAUUGGAGAUCGCUGCAACAGCCUCGCUCUUCACGGCCUUCCUCUUUGGCGGGCGUAGGGGCCGACACGGAUACCUCAUCUUUACGGGAUUAAUGCCCGUUCUCGGUGUCGCGCUGGAGAAGAGCCGCAUGGUGGGCGUGGAGAUUGGCGUUGUUAAUGUACAGACUCGGAAGAAGAGGGGCGGUGAAAGUGUAGAUGUUAAUGGCGAAGUGGUGAAGGGUGGGAUGGAGGCUUGGAGGGUUUGGGGUCUUGUUAGGGGGGGAUUGGUAGCUUUUGGCUUUGCUAUGGGGGUUGUGGGGAUUUGGGGGGAUGGGGCUUAAGUUUAUACUCUGGUUGGCUGGUUGGAGGAAUCCAUUGAGUAGGUGGUGGGGGUGGGAGUGUACGAUUGAGGAUUCUCUACUCAGCUUUUUCUUUCAUUCUCGAGGAGGGGUUUGGAGCGUACAUAGGGCUUUUCUUUUCUUCUCUUUUUUUCAACAGUUAACCCUUUCGCGCCUUGAUAGGGUCGGAUGUGGGGAUAUUCGGGGGCUUGGGUACACAUGAUUGCGCCUCCGGAAUUAGGGCAUGGGGUGUUGCGUGAUAUCUGAUGACGCUCUGUCUCGAGUGAUGCCUGUCUUCACAUGUUGGCGGCGGUUUUUUGGGUCCUGGACAUGAACUUUUGAAGGAUCUGAGGGGGUAAAGCUUCUUGUGGUAAUUCAAUGGAUUCUAUUGAAAUAGGUAUCGUACUUAUCAUACACGCAGCCCGGGAGGAUCUUGAUCUCUCGGUAACUUUGCUAGACGCUUGCGGAAGUGCUUAAACCCUACUGGUCUCUUGACCGGACAGGGGGCUCGACUAUCUCCUUCGUUAAUGCCUAGAGAUCUGUAUCGCUACUUACCAUCUCUAUCUAAAUGAUCUUAUCCAAGCCCAAACUCCAAUCAUCCACGAUGCAUCAAAAGAUGGAAAAACACCGUCCCAAAGUCUAUCAAACCUGAUGUGAUGAGUGAGACCGCUUUAGCGAAUAACGCCAGGAUCUGCUUCGAGUAAUACCCAGCCCUAUCGCUCCUCCUUCCCCAACGCGGCCGUCGCCCUCUCCCUUAACUCUUUGGCGCCCUUGGCCCCCUUCCAUUUCCCCAGCAUCCCGUCCAGCACACCAAAAACCCUCUCGGCCUCAUCCCUCCUCCCCUCCUUCACCAGCUCCUCAAUCCUGCCCGGGCACGCCAGGGCCCAAACGACAGCGUCUUUCUUCCUCUUGUUAGAAGUAGGGAUC